UUGAUCACCGUUGCCCUGGUUCAUCGCUUUUCCUGGUUAUCUCCUCUCUCUUUCUUCAUAGCCAAAACGAUAAUCCAUCUGCUUUCGCCUUGCUUAUCUCACAUCCGUCAAAACGUGCUUUCCUCGAUUCCUCUUGCUAUCAAAAAUUCAGCAGUGCAUGGAUUUACAAUGCUGGCAAUUGUAGUUCCCACACCAGGAGGGAAGUACACGAUUAGUAGUGCCUAUUCUUGGAGCAUGGGUGGUGGUACACAACAACCAUGGUGGAGAGCAGUUUGGUCUAUAGCGACAGUUCCAAAGCAUAGAUUUAUCUUUUGGUUGGUGAUGCAUGAAAGACUACUUACUCGGGUGAGACUAGAAAAGAUGGGACUGUGCCAGGACAACUUUUGUGGCCUUUGUGGAAGAUCCCCUGAAACUAUAAACUACCUCUUUUUUGAAUGUGCAUACUCACAGAUGUGUCUUGAAAUGGUGCUAACCUGGCUCAAGGCUCCAAAAUGCAGAUUAGAAGUGCAAGGGAUGUGGAGAAGGCUGGUGAGAGGAACUCAAGGGAAGAUAAGUAGAGGGCUUAUAUGGGCAAUAUUGGCUGCAAUGAUAUAUCAUAUAUGGAAUGCAAGAAAUGAUGCUGUAUGGAAUCAUAAAAUUAUCAGGCCUCAACUGAUGGUGCAGCAAAUACAAGAAGAAAGCAGGAUUAGAGCCUUAGAGAUGCUAAAGAGAAGAAUAACCUGUAACGAUAGGAAAUGGAUAGAACAAUUGUAUAUGUAGGAAAUAUAUAGAGUCAAAAGAGGUGUCAUAGUAAGCGAAUAUGAAUAGGUGGUCAUGGUCUGAUAGGCAGGAGAGAUUUACCUGGUUUUUUGUUCUAUAGGCUAUAAGAUAUAUGUAACUGUUUUGGGAUGAAAUACAAUGAGUUUGUUUGGCCAAAAAAAAAAAAAAUCUGACUAGAAAUUAAAAGAAAGUGGUAAAAUAAGAGGACGAAGAACAAAGUUGAGCACCCUUCUACGCCUUUUGUUCAGAGGUUGAUCUAGCAGUCAAAUUGGGAAGAGCUUUUUUUUUAUUUUUAUUUUUUGGUGAAAUCAUUGAAAUUUGCAGUUACUCCUUCGACCUCUCAACUAAUAUUAUGCAACGGAUUAUUUUUUUCAGUAGCCUGUUUGCAUAUUUUAAAAAAUCAAUAGUGCUCAAUUAUUGUUUGUUUGAUAUUUGGACUGUAGUUAUCCAUCUAUAUACAGAGUAGUAAUUAUGAAGGACAAAAGAAACUAAGUUGUGGAUAUUCAUUAUUAGAAGAAGCAUCAACCUUGUGAGUUGUGACUCUGAUUGUGACCUCUUUUAGCGUUUAGAAAAAAUCAAUGAAAUUGUGGUAACAUUUUUUAGUAUGGU